AUGGUUAUCCUAGCUAUUCCAGUACUGCCUAACAGCACUAAGGGCUCUGGACUGCAGUUCAACGCCUCCUUGAAACUGGAACUCAGAACCUGGAUGCUUUCUGAAUUUAGAAACAAAUCCACAGGCCUUAACUCUAUUGUCCCAAGGUUGAUUGUCACUACUCAGCUGUUUUUUGGGGAAAAAGCCUACUUAGCAGGAUUUAAGUGAGCUCACAUGGAAUCUGGAGAGACCCAUAGCUGCAAGGAGGACACUGAAAUUCUUCCAGCAUGGGCCAACCUGCGCAGAUCCAUGUGCAAGUUCUGUACUGACAUUUAUGUUCUGACCAAUCUGAAGGAGACAAAUGAGCCAACUGAGAGAAGUCAAUUUUGAUUCAAGUGUCAUGUCUUAACAGAAAUAACCCAGUGUUCAGAACACUGCUGCAGAAAGGCUCAGAACCUAAUGUCUCUGGUUCUGGAUCCCUUCCAAACAUUCUUUGUGCUGUGGUUUAAAAACAGUGCCAACAUGUCUGAGGGUUUCCGCAUAGCUGACACAACUUUAAAUAUAGUGUAUAAUAUCUCCAAGCAACUUGUGGUGUAUCCAAAGGUGUCUGGGAGGGGAAUCUGGCAGUAGCUACCAUUCAUAACCACAGAGAAUAUAAUCAUGGCUAUGGUGAAAGUACAGGGCAUUUGUCAGGAGUGCCAUGAGACUUUUGUCCUUUCCAGAAAUCAGCUCAUGCUAUAA